AUUGUUUUAUAAAUGAUUUUUACAAAAAUCGCAGUUGGAUGUCUCAUGGGAUCUGGUGCAGUGGAAAGUAAAGCCAAUGACUGGCUCGCGUCAACGGGUGCAGGACUACAAGAUGAAGCUGACGGCAGAACCAUCGAAGCAAAAAUUGCUGUGUCCAUAUUACGACCAGCUGAGGGAAAUAUUUGGAAAGCGGUUGCCGGCCAUGAAACCGUUACUGGUCGAAAGUAACCUUCGUUCGCCUCAGUUAUGUCCAGUUAGUCCUGCACCAGAAUUCAAUGUAGAAUUCUUGGAAGAGGAAUGUGAACCUGCUGCGCCAUCAAAUGCCGCACCUUCGAUCGCACCAAUCUCCACACCGGUUUCAACCUACCAACGGUCAAUUCGGCCUCCGAAAUCAUCCGUUGGACAAUUGGCGGCUAUCCAAGCUGAAAAAAUUGCUAUGGAAGCGAAGAAGCUGGAAUUUGACAAGUAUAAAUUCGAAGAGGAUAAGAAAAUUCAGAAAAGAAAGUUACAUAUUGAGUCAAAAAAAUUAGAGAUACAAUUGAAAAAAUAG